UCCAUAUGCACGGUUUGUUAUCUCGGCCAAUGAAGGACUUUGAACAAGUCGCUAGGUGCAAGGCUGAGGCACACUUGCAACCGGAAGAAAUCCUUCGAACACGCCACUCUCAUCCCCGCCUGCUCCAGGCAAUCUACAUUACAGCCCAGGGUCCCUUCAGUGCCGGCUGAGCGUUCUUACACUUAAUGAUGUUUCUCUAUCUCCUUCUAGUCAUAUCACAGAUCGCCAGCGCAGCCGGUUACUGUUACAGCCGUAAUGGCACUACUCUUCUCAACGCUGCUUUCCAACCAUGUAACAACACCACAAAAUAUUCCGCAUGCUGCAUGACGAACCAUAGCGGCGCCGGAGACGUCGGCAUCGCAGAUGAUGUGUGCAUGGAAAAUGGCCUUUGUCAGAACUAUGCGGCAUUCGACGGGAACAACGAGGGUGAGCAAGUUUGGUCAAGACAGGGCUGUACAGACCCACUGUGGAACAGCCCGUACUGUCUUGGAGACGUUUGUAACAAACCAGAAUACGCCGACAAAUGGGGCAAUGUGGGCGUUCACAACUGCGGAGGGAAAACCUGGUGCUGUGGAGAGAAGACCUGUUGUAAUAAUAAGAGCAGUAUUUUCGAAAUCGCAGCAACCGUGGGUUCGACAUCGACUCUUUCCUCAGCGAUGCCCUUUUCGUCAUUGACACCCGCUUCCUCAACAACAACAUCGUCAGCCUUGACACCUACCUCAUCUUCUGCCUUCAAGGGAGACAUCUCAUCAGGUGGUCUUAGUACAGGCGAAAAAGCUGGUAUUGGGGUUGGUAUAGCAAUCUUUGGAAUCAUGGUGACUGCAAUCGCAUGGCUGAUAACCAGGUCGACAAAGUCCAUCAGGGGAAAAGACAGACCUUCAGACGGAAGCACGCUGCAUGCGGAUGUAUCACAGGCCGAAAAGCAACAGUUAGGUGUUCAUUUACAUGAGCUGUGGUCGAAUCAUGGAUAUGGAGAGUUGGGCCCAAGUGAAGAUGCAGAACUAGCGGCAAUCAAUGUCCCUCAGGAGUUAGAGGCCAGAAGUCAUAAUGUACACCAAGGUACGCGAGUGCCGUAACCUUAGGCACAAACCUAUCACUUGAUAUUUCAACUAAACAAAUAGACACUCCUAAAAGUACGAAGUUAAAGUCUAUCCAAAUGACACAGAUAUUGAUUACCGUUA